AUGAUGUGUGCACAAGCGCGAGGUGUUCUCAGACGGCUCCCAACAUCGACCACUGCUCCUUAUCGGCUCUGGUCUGCAGCUUCACUGCGACAAGACAAAAAUGCCAAAGCAAGCCACCAUGGGCCCCAUCUGGCCCAGAAAAUGAACUUCUCUACCUCCAAGCAACAGUCAUCAGGAAACCUGUUAGCCCCGCCUGAUAGCGGGAAAAUCAAGGAAACCAAGAUCAUCUGGCAUCAUCCAAUAGCCUCUGAUAAUGGCACCCUCUCUGGCGAACAUACACAUACUGAAUGCAGCUAUAGUUAUUCCGAGAAGGACAUGCGAGACAUCUGCGUUGCUCACCGCGACGCCCGUUGUAUGUCUGACAAAGUCGCCCUCAGCCUUGUGCGGUUACUCCGAUGGGGUACUGACUUUGCUACCGGAUAUCGGAACCCCAAGAAAGACGAAAGAGUUGCUAAAAGGUUCCUUAUGGAUGAAAGAAAAUGGUUAAUUCGGUUCAUCUUUUUGGAGUCGGUAGCAGGGGUUCCGGGGAUGGUUGGGGGAAUGUUGCGACACCUGAAGAGCAUUCGGCAGAUGAAGAGAGAUCAUGGAUGGAUCGAAUCGCUGAUUGAAGAAGCCUAUAAUGAACGUAUGCAUUUGCUGACCUUCAUGAAACUUGCGGAGCCGGGCCCUUUCAUGCGCCUAAUAAUUCUUGGGGCUCAAGGUGUCUUCUUCAAUAUGUUCUUCUUGUCCUACCUUAUCUCGCCCCGAACCUGCCAUCGAUUUGUGGGAUACCUGGAGGAAGAAGCCGUGAUCACGUAUACACAUGCAAUCCACGACAUUGAAGCUGGAAAACUGCCCCUUUGGAACAACCUAGCGGCCCCGGACAUCGCGGUCAAAUAUUGGGAAAUGCCGGAGAGGAAACGUCAGAUGGUUGACCUCUUGCUUUAUAUUAGGGCGGACGAGGCAAAGCAUCGUGAGGUCAACCAUACGUUGGGAAACUUGGAUCAAAAGAAAGACCCGAAUCCUUACACUGCCGAGUACCAUGACCCAAGCCAGCCACAUCCAAUUGAAGCGCCUGAUCCAAAACGGCCAUGCGGCUGGGAGCGGAGGGAUGUUGUUUAA